UAUUAUAUAAAAUAUACAGUAUAGAUAUAAAUUAAAACAUUCAUACAUCAUACGAUCUGGUGGAUUGCUAAAAUGGUUUUGGGUAGCCUACAUCGUAAAGAUGAAAAAACUGUUUAUGUGACAUAAUUGCAGUUACUCAAUUUUCCCGGAUAACUACAUAAAUAUUUCCUGUCUUAUCUUACUAGAGACAAGCGGCAAGACAUCUCCACAGCACUGCUUUUAAUAGAAAUCCACGUUCAUAAUGAACCCACAGACAGACUAUCACAAUAUACCGUGGAGCAUAUUUACAGUUAUUGAAGAGAGAUGUAAAGAUUGAGAUGACACGCGCGGUGUUUCCUUCACUUCCUGAUGGCAAACAGGAUCACAUCUGGUGAGUUUAACUGCAAGCUGGAGCGGUUUUUACUAAAUGCAAUCGUAUAAUCUGGACAAAAGCACGAGUGCUCCGGUCCGCCCGGGUGGGAGACACGUAACGGGAAGUUUUGGGUCCAGUUUCAACGCUUUACGGGAAGAGGCUGCAGAUGUUGAGCUGAGGAUCCGCAGUUCCCUGAGUCCAGAACCGGAGAACAAAGAGAAAUGGCUCAAGAUGUCUUAUGAGACAGAGAAAACAUGCCUGGUGGCUCCACAGGAAUCUCGCAUAUUAUGUGGAUACCACACAGCUAAUGAGAAAUAUGAAAUCCCAGGAAUGGGGGAGGACAGUGUCUUGGAGAUGCUGAGCUACUCCAAAUUCACCGAUCUGGAGACGUGGCUGUGCAUGCCCUCUACUCUGCUUCCCAGGAGCCGAGAUUCGUUUUGCUCUAUGUUGCAAUCAUCCCGUGAUAGUAACACUGGAGACACAAGCAAAGAAUCCAGGCCCCUGGAGAAAGAGUCUAUCCAUCUGAGCCAAGGGAGGAAAACCCACCACUUGCCACCCUCCCCAAUCCUGCCAGUUUCAGCUUCCCCUCAGUCCUCAGAGCCCCUGCGGACCACCUCAACACCUCUUCCCAAGCCCACCAGAGACUCCUGUCAAGGCGGCGUUGGAGUGAGGAAACGUCGGCGUCUGGCAGCCAGCCCCGGAGGACUGCACUGGGAUGCAUCAGGGUCAGUACUGCGUGACCAUGACCGAGGGGAGACGUCUUCGCUUUCGGAAGUGAAGCGCUACCCUAGGACUGUGGGUUCGGAGAGACCCGUUCCUGAGCUUUGGAGAGAACGAGCGGCUCUUAGGAAAACCAUAUCUGUCGAUGACCGUUUUCUACAGCAAACACCUAGAGAACAUCACAGACUCCUUAGCCGACUGGAGAGAGGCAAGAAGAAGCUCAGGAACAUCCACAGUCUUGGAGCCACAGGCAGAUACGAAACCCAUAAAAACCACCAUCCCACACCCGGUCCUGGCUCACCCGCCGGUCCUUCUGACUGUUUUAGCAGAUCUGACAGUAAGAUCUCCCGACUGGCUCAAAGACUCAACCAGAGACAAAGCGAUGCUGCAUUGAUUAAGGAUUUCCGACCACUUUUCCUCCUCACCGGCUCAUCAGGAAGCUCCCAGAGCCUGGACAGGAACUUCUCCAUUAGCAUGACGCAACAGAUGCAGAACCUGCAGCUAACCCAGAACAAGAAGGGGGCGGGCCCUGCCUCCCCCAGCGCUGCUAAGCGCCUUUACCGCAACCUGUCAGAGAAAUUUAAGGGAAGCCACUCUUCCUUCGAGGAUGCCUACUUUUUCGGCCGAUCUGACCGAAUCCGUAAAGUGUCUAACAUUCAGAGCAGCGAGCUUUUGUUCGAGGCGGUUGAGCAGCAGGAUUUGGACGCCGUGCAGCUCCUGCUGUUCCAGUACACGGCUGAUGAACUGGACCUCAACACCCCCAACAGCGAAGGCCUGACGCCGCUGGAUAUUUCCAUCAUGACCAACAACGUCCCGAUAGCAAAGCUUCUGCUCAAGGCCGGAGGGAAGGAGAGCCCACACUUUGUCAGUCUUGAGAGCAGAGAUGCCCAUCUCUCAGCGCUGGUGCAAGAAGCUCAGAGAAGAGCCAGUGAGCUGUCCACCCAGGUGAUGAGAGAGAGUCUCAGCCUGGAAACGUCUGACAAGGAAAAACAUCUUAAAGACUGGGAGUGGAGAUGCAGGCUGUACAAGCGAAUGCGUACCGGAUUCGAGCAUGCAAGGCCACCGGAGCCUCCUUCAGCUGUGCGUCUGAGUGUUACUGGCAGCACGUCGCUCACUGUUACCUUUCAGGAACCUGCCAGCAUGAACUCAGCUGUGGUGACCAAAUACAAAGUGGAAUGGAGCUGUCUAAAGGACUUCUCUUUAUUAGCCGGAGAGCUGACCUUAGAGAAUAUGCAGUCCCUGAAGUGCACAAUAACGGGUCUCACUACGGGUAGACAGUACUACGUCCAAGUGUCCGCCUACAAUAUGAAGGGUUGGGGUCCAGCGCAACUAUCUCAGCCUCCCUCUGCUGUUCCCUCCAACUGGAAGGAUUGCGAUGGGAGAGAGAACCGGAGGAGAGGGCACAUCGAGGCGAUGGAGAGGCUGUUACAGCAGGUUCGAGCCACACACCAGCACUACUGCUGUGGAGACACAUCAAAGCUGCCAAAUCCAAGUCGUAAACAGUCAGUGUCCCGAAGCUUGAAACAUCUGUUUCACUCUUCUAAUAAAUUUGUCAAGACCUUAAAAAGGGGAGUUUAUAUAGCAUCAGUAUUUUACCAUAAGGACAAUCUGCUAGUGACUAAUGAGGAUCAGAUCCCCAUCGUGGAGGUGGACGAUUCAUACAGCAGCUCCCUCAUGCAGGACUUUCUGUGGUUUACCAAGCUGUCCUGUAUGUGGGAGGACGUCCGGUGGCUUAGGCAGAGCUUGGCAGUCUCCACCUCUUCCUCUUCCACACUGCAGUCCAGACAGAAGAUGCUGACGGCCGCUGGCCAGCUGCAGAACCUACUGGGUACCCACAACUUGGGCAGAGUCCACUAUGAGCCCAUUAAAGAUCGCCAUGGCAACGUGCUGCUGGUGACUGUGAGGGAGAUGGACAGCCUCUAUUCUUUCUUUAAUGGCAAGUGGAUGCAGGUAUCCAAACUGCAGAGUCAGAGAAAGUCUCUUUCCACCCCCGAGGAACCCUAUGCCCUGGAUAUACUUCUCAUCACCAUACAGGACAUUCUGGCAUACCAGAGACGCAGUCAACAUCGGCUGUCCUCUGGUCUUUAUCUGGGUUAUCUGAAGCUCAGCAGCUCUGUGGAUCAGAUCAAGGUUUUGGUUCCUCAACGAAUGCCCAACAUGCUCUGCCACACCAAGAUACGAGACAACUGGAAUGUGUCAAGGGAUGAGUGGGAAUGGCUGCAGUCGCUGUCUGACCCUGUGGAGGUGGAAGACGCAGAGAAGACUACAGACUGCCUCCUUUACACUGAGCUCCAGAUGGCUAUUAAGAGUCUGCUGCACCAGAUCAAUCUACCUCUCCACCAGGCCAAGCACUUCCGUCUCUACACACACGAGGUGCUGGAGCUCGGUCACAAUGUGUCCUUUCUUCUGCUGCUGCCCGCCUCAGACGACGUUUGCUCUGCCCCGGGACAGACCAACCCCUACACGCCACACUCGGGGUUCCUCAACCUCCCUCUUCAAAUGUUUGAGCUCGUUCACUUUUGUUCAUAUAAGGAAAAAUUCAUCAGCCUGUACUGUCGGCUGUCCUCAGUGCUGGACCUGGAUGCUCUGAUUACCCAGCAGGCCUUUAGAGAAGCCAUCACAGACACAGAGGUGUCCACAGCCAAACAGAGACACCAGCACAUAUUGGACUACAUUCAGCAAUUGGACGAGAUGUGGCGAGACGUCCGCUGGAUCACCAAUGCCCUGCAGUACGCCCGCUAUAAACAGACUCUCGGCUGGGUGCCUAUCACAUGGGUGGUGGAUGUCAGCGUGGAGCCUGUUGUCCAGAAGAAUGACUCUACAUCCUCUAACACAGACUACGUGCCCACGCCCUCCCCCUCUCCAAAAAUGAGGAGAAGAAAGGCCACGAUUGAUUCCCAGCCAGGCUCGGAUGAGGAAGGCUGCUCGGAGGUCUUUCUUCCCACGGACAGCGACUAUGACUCCAGUGACGCCCUGAGCCCCCGAGACCUGGACUUAGUUUAUUCCUCAGCCCAGGAUCUCUCCCAUCAGUCCGCUCAUAUUCUCAGUGGCAGCGCUCCAGAUGUACUUCAGAUACAUGAUCUCAAAUACAGCGCCUGCUCCGAGUCCAUCCUGGAGACCGAUUCCUGCGCCAAGGACAUGGAGGACCUGUCGCUGUCCUCAUAUUCCGUAAAGUCUGUAGACAAAUCGUCUCGCUGUAAGUUCCUGGCCGAUCCGCCGACAAAACGCAAACUGCUCUCCAAAAGCCAUCCCCAGAGGAGUUAUUUCGGCGGACCACAUCGCUGGCUGCGCGUGCAGAGCGAGAGCCACUCGCCCUCUCUCUCCGAAGGCAUCUACACCAGACAGAAUGAUACUGAGUUACCGCUGGAGUCACCCCUCUCCCUGUCGCACUCUCCCACUACCUCCUACAGUUUGGAUGAGUCCAGGGCGACCUACAGAGAGAGCAAGCCCAAUGUCCGCAGAAUCUUCGUGGAGUCGUGCAGUGAGACGUCGCCCAGGAGAGACCCUCCGCACUGGGAGGAGACGGGGAUGAGCGGGGCUACCGCACGAGAGACGGGAUCGGGAUACGGCACCACGACGGAAGCUCAGGACGUAGACUCAGACGAGCUAACCAAUGAACAAGUGUCGGAGGUCCUCAGCAGCACUCUUUAGAGCGUUUUACUGCGUAGAUGUGCAUUCAUCUCACCAGCUGUAUUGCCUCUUAGCUCAGACUACCCCUCGUCUCCAACCUAUACAACACUAUACAACAACUCACUGUUGUAGUGAGCGAACACUUAGGCUAAUCAAUUCUCUGUGGAGUUUGAAGAGGAUAUAAAGUUGCAGGUCAACUUUGUGGGACUCAUAAACCAUGGCUCUGACUGUUAAAAUGUCGAUUAUCAAUGCAACCUGAUUUAAAGCACUGCGUUUCCUCAGAACUUGAAAUUUCCUCAGCCAAUAGAGCACAAUGGUUCUGGAAGUACUGCUUUGUCCAUUCAUUUUCACCAUAGUCUUUUUAAAAAUGCUAUUUAGAAGAAAAGUCUGAGCCUUGAACCAGCCUGCAAAGAUGAAUGCCAACAUUUCAGGAUUUAAUAUGAAACCAAAAGGGGCAUUUGAAGCCGAAUGGUAAAGUAUAAUAUACACUACCGGUCAAACGUUUUAAAACAUUAGAAACUUUACAUUUACAUUACAUACUUUAUUUAUAUGUUUUCCAUAUUAGAGAAUAAAAGUAGACAAAAAUUUAGCUAUAGGCAUUAUGUUGUGACUAAAAGCAUCCAAAAUAAAUACAAAUUCUUAUUAAGAAUUCUAAUUAUUCUUAUUAAAUUUUUUAUUAAAACGUUUCUUGCAUUUUAAAGUCCAUGUAAAGUAAAUUCAGAGAACUGUUUCUCUUAAUGUCAGAAAUGUAUUGCUGAAACACAUUACAAACACUGUGAACGGUGUAGUACUGAAUUCUGGAGUUAGAUAAGUUAGUUAAACAGUUUUUCUUGAUUUCUGAGUUCACGUUUUUUUAAGGCAGGCGUAAAAUCAUGACUGGAUGAUACCCUGGAGUCACCGCCCUAACACAAUCACGAGCAUCCAUUCAGGUUGCAGCAGUUUUUCAAAGUUAAAAGAGACAGCAGCUUUCCUGCAAGGUGGGCGUGGACACGCCUCUAACGUUUGAAAGCACAGAAUCCUGGCUAUUUUUCCAAGAUUUUGAUAACUUAUUUUAUUUAUCUUUUACAAAUUUGGUUGGGUGGUUAAUUGCACAUUUUUCUGUGAUGUGACAAAUAAUCAGGUGUUUACACAGAGUUCACAUCUGUUCUGGACUGUUAUUGGCUGUCUCUUAUUGAAUAUUCAGUCUAAUGCUGCGUUCACACCAGCCACAGUAGAGGCGUCAAGCGAGAGUGAUUUCAACGUUAAGUCAAUGUAAAGACGUGUUGACGCGCGUCUGGAGGUUAGGGUUAGGGCGGCGCGGUGGACUUGAAAAAUAUGAACUUUGGCAGAAAAACGUGCCGCGUUAACCGGUCAGGAGCUUGCUCUAGUAGUGACGUGAUUACAGGAAGCGAGCAGAGUCGCUGAAGCCCCUCCCAUGAUGCGAAUUUCCGCGUUAAAUUCUAGUCAUCUAGUCAUUCUAGUCAACACACACGGGAGGCUUCAGCUUUCAACACGCGCGUUUCUUGUGGCAACUCUCAAUUCGCGUCUACCGCGCCGCGGUAAACGCAUCAUUCACGCAGCGCCUUUCACGCACUAAUGAAGUGAGUACACUCAAAUGUUCAAGCAUCCAACUACACACGGUAGACACAAAUUUGAUGCCUCAAAUGAGUCUGGUGUGAACUCACAGUAAGUCAUCUAUUUAAAAAAAAGUAAUACAAUUUAAGUUUUCUAAUAAAAAUAUUAUAUAUAACUAAAUAAAAUAGAAUUUAUUUUGCAACAGUUAGACACAUUCAGAUUAAAAGAUCAUGGGAAAUAUUUAAGUCAAGUGUUUCAAAACUUUUGACCGGUAGUGUGAACUAAUUUAGGUAUGGCUUGUAAAUAUAAAAAUACAAUAUUUAAUUUAAAUUAAAUUAUUUAAACUAUAUACAAAUAUGUGUUAAAGAAAUAAAAUGCUGGUUUGUUUCAACCCAUGGUUGAGUAAAAUAUGGACAAACUCAAACAUUGGGUUUAAAUUAACCUGUGCUUGUUUGUUUCAACCAAUGGUUGGGCCAAAUAUGGACUUUUUCUAGGUUUAUUUAGAUCAAGGGUUGGAUUUGUCCAUACUUUACCCAACCGUUGGUUAAAAUAAACCAGCAUUGUGUGGAGUGUACACUGUCAGAUAAAAUGGUCACUGUCACUGGGGCAGUUAUGGGUCCUAAUAUGUACCAUUUCAUUUACUGUAGGUACAGAUAUGUAGGCUAUACAUUUGGUACCAAUAUGUAUUUUGAGGUACUCUUAAGGUGCAAUUUUUUAAAGGGUACCGCCCCAGUGCCAGUUCAACACCAUUUUCUAACAAGAUAUUAAGUCGUUUUUUUCAUUCAAUAUAUAUAUAUUUAAUGUUAUUCAACUUAAAUCUUUUACCUAAAGUUAAACUAAAGUGAUAUUUGAGUUGAACAUUUUUUAGGUGUUAGCAAUUGAAGUAUUUUCUUAAGUUGAUCCAACUUUUUACAGUGUAGAUGUUAAAUAAUGUUGAAAUCACAUAUUUUUGGAAGAAUAUUUCAUUCACCUUGAAGAGCUUCAGUAGGUCUAUUUAAAUAUAAAAAAAUUUGCUAAAAGUCCAUUUCUCUAUGGAGAAAAUGAAUGUGAUUUUUACUUCCGUAACUACACAUUGUGCUCUAUUCUGGUGUUUUUAAGUGAAGAGUGGAGUUGGGUAAAUUGGCAGACAGUUGAAUUUCAGUAAGUGAUGUGUAUGUUUAGAUCUACGACCGAUCGAUUUCAUUUUACUUCCCAGUAUAAACAGGAAUAAUUCCUCUAACGUUGCAUGCAAAGUGUGUUUAUGAAUGAAAGACUGUCAAGACUGCAGUAUGUUUUACACUUGUCUACCUAAUUUCCACAAAUGAGAGCCCUUCAAAUUCAACACUUAGUGUGUGCGUCUUAAACUCUACAGCAAGAAUUUGUUUUGUUGUUUACCCUUUGAUGGCGAUUUGUGGUGUUUGAUUGUUCACAUUUGAAGAUCAAUUGUAAUGAAUUUGUUUCUGUUCUUAUUUAUGAUGGGUAACCCACUGAUUAAAAUGAAAACCACUUGUGGGUGGGUGCACUGAACUUUUAAUAUGGAUCUGCGUCCCACACCUUAAGCUGCAAUGAGGUAGUUUUAUUGCUGAAUUUAAUGGAUCACUUUUGACCUUUUACAAAAGAAGGUGCACCCCUAUUUAUUGUUUGCAGAUUUAUGCCACUUUAAAUAUUUUGAAAAAAUGCAUUUGAAAGUAUUGCAAAAUAACGAAUCACAAUAUUUGCUUUGUCAAGAAACCCAUAGAUGUUCAGUUACACGUUUUUAAUUGUGUUAAACUACACCACAAUCAUAUUGCAGUUAUGAAGAUUCAGUGUGAGUACAUAUUUAUUCACUGUAAUCCAAACCUAUGCCCUAAAAAUGUAUUAAGUAAAACGUUUUAUUUUCCUAAAUGAAAAGGGCAGCUUAUGCGAGCAACAUUGUGAAUGUGUCCGUUGCAACGUUUCAACAAUUCGUUGAUAUUUGUAGUGUUCUUUGUUUUGUUUCUUAAACAAAUAUUUGCACAAAAUGUUCGUCGGUUUCCAAAAAUAUGCGGCAAAUGGACAUUUUCGAUUUGAAGGAUUGCAAAAAUGUCAUCUUCCUGGAUAGCAGUGACGUUAGCUGGUGCUCAGGAUCCUGUGGUUAAAACGCACUGCUCCGACACCAGUGCGUUUGGGCACGGUUCUUUACGUAUGCAUUCAACAAAACCCCACAGUGAUGAAGCAUUAUAUGAAAGCCCAUCUUAUGUAUUCCAGUUAAACUGUUUGCAACUGGCAUUUAGGGUAUUAUUGUUAAAUUAUGAGUAUAUUUGUCUUGAUACCUUUAUACUGUGCACAUUGCAAGCCAAAUCAAAGCACCAUAUCUGUAUAUUUUUGCAUUAUGCAUUUAUUGAUCCAGAUAAUAUAUUUCAGUAUUGUAUUUUUGAUGGUUGGUCCUAUGUCAUACGUUUGUUGUAACUUGGUUGCUUUUUGUGAUAAAAUUUGAAUAUAAUGUUGUGACGGAUAUGUGCUUUAAGUCAUAAAAAAUAAAAAUUCAACUGUUAA